CGUCACUACUGUGCGACAUUCUGUGUUCCUGAAGGACACGAGAGUGAGAAGUAACUUCACAUUAUGAAUUUGUAAAGCAUCAGAAAUUACUCCGCUCUCCCUGCUUGAUCUAGGCAAGAAGAUAAAAAAAAAGUGUUAUGGCAGUGUCAGCUCUCACGCGAGCCCUGCGAGCAGUGUCACUGACAGGCGGCAGUUGUAAACAGGUUUUCUCAAAGGUUUCCUGUUAUGGAGGAAUGGUCCCGGAAAUUAGCAGGUUGUCCUCAGCUUCCUUCCUUCCAGCUGUCAACACUUCUGUUUGUCAAUGGCGAGGCUUCCUCACAUCUUCUCACCUGGAGCAGAACAGGACACUUUGGAAGCAGAGAGAAAAGUACACCAUCAGACCCAUUGGCAUGAAAAAGACUGGCGGCCGGGAUUGGACAGGAAAGAUCCGCACACAUGGCAUUGGUGGGGGCCACAAACAAAGACACAGAAUCAUAGAUUUCCAGCGACUGCGAUACGAAGCAGGGAAAGACGAGAAGCCUUUUGAGGAGCGGGUCCUUGAAGUCCGAUAUGAUCCAUGCAGGUCUGCUGAUAUAGCCCUGGUGGCUGGCGGUAACCGGAAGCGUUGGAUUAUCGCCACAGAGAACAUGGAGGCCGGUGACCUUGUCAAGUCCUCGGGGGUCAUAGGUCGAAUGGCAGUUGCUGCUAAAGAGGGUGAUGCCCAUCCUCUUGGUGCUCUUCCUGUGGGAACUCUGAUCAACAACUUGGAGCUGUACCCUGGCAAAGGUGCCCAGGUCAUUCGCGCAGCAGGCACAUCUGGGGUGCUCCUACGGAAAGUCAGUGGCACAGCUAUUGUGCAGCUCCCCUCCAAACAUCAGAUACAGGUCUCAGAGACGUGCGUGGCCACGGUGGGCAGGGUGUCCAACAUCGACCACAACAAGCGCAUCAUCGGCAAGGCGGGCCGCAACCGCUGGCUGGGUAUCCGGCCGUCCAGCGGCCUGUGGCAGAGGAAGGGGGGCUGGGCCGGACGCAAGAUCAAGCCCCUCCCUCCCAUGAAGAGCUAUGUCAACAAACCCUCUCUCGCCUCCCAGACAUGAACAAUCACCACUGCCCUCUGUGACCGCCCCCGGACACGAUCAUAAGUGGAUCAAGCCCCUGCCUCCCGUGAGGAGCAACCUCAACAUGCUCCCUCUCCGUCGGACGGAACUUGAUCUCCACUAGAUCAUCACAUGUGCUAACUGGGUUGCAUUUCACGACACCUUUGCUAACUAACCUUAGCAACUUAGUUGGUUGCAGUGUAAUUUCCCUUUGGCAACCAAAUAAGUUUCCAAGUGGUUAGCAAUGGUGCUUUUGAGAAAUGACAUCUUGGACAGGAAAAGAUUACAACUUACAAAGACUUAAAGUAUUUGUAUAAAAAGUUUGGAAAUGUAUAUGAAACCAUCUGUGUUCAGCAGGUCUAAGACUCAAUUAUAUUAAUGUGAGUGAAGUGGUCUUGGCUUGUCUCUGCUGUACAAAUCAUAGAUAAUAGUUAAUAAUGUUUCAUCAUAACAGUUAACUAUUACGUUCAAUAACAUAUUAUUGAUGUGUUCGCCACGUUUUAAAAAGAAAUACACACAUUUAAAGAGGUUACAAACAUGUUUCUUUAUUAAACACAAAUCGCUUUUGUGAGCGCAUGAGGGGAAAAAAAUACAAAACUCCAAUAUGUAUGUACAACUAUAAUAAAACAUGCAAAGAUAAGGUCA